AUGCCUGGGAAAUCUCUUAUCAUCCAUUUGUCUGAAGGGGAAAAAGUCGAACAAUGGACGGUGAUGAAGAAACUCGGCGAGGGCGCGUGCGGAGCCGUUUUCUUGGUGAAAGACGAGAAAAACGGCAUUGAGGGAGCGUUGAAAGGCGAGAAUAUUGGGGAGAAAAUGCCGCUUCUUCGGAUGGAAGCGCUUGUGUUGAUGGAGCUUGCCAAGGGACGCGCUCGACAUGUUGUCGAAUUGCUUGAUAAAGGAAAACACGAUAAUUUCAACUUCAUCGUGAUGAAAUUGGUUGGCAAGAGUCUGCAGGAUAUGAAGAAAACUGGACCCGAUCAACAUCUUUCACUUGGACCAGCCAUAUCUGUAUCAAUCCAAUGCCUCGAAGCACUUGAGGAUCUUCAUAUGGUCGGAUAUCUUCACAGGGACGUAAAGCCUGGAAACUUUUGUGUGGGUCGAGCCGAAUUGAAGGAGUUUAGGAAGAUCUACAUUCUCGAUUUUGGGAUGUCAAGAAAAUACACCAGCAAUGAUGGAGCUAUCAGAAAGCCGCGAAGUGCUGCUCAGUUCCGCGGCACUCCUCGAUACGCCCCAAUUGCUAGCCACGAUAGCAGAGAUCAUUCGAGGAAAGAGGAUCUUGAAAGCUGGUUCUACAUGUUGAUCGACUUCAGCAACGCAAGCCUUCCUUGGAAGGGACUCAAUGAGAUUGCUGAGGUGGGCGAAGGAAAAAAGAGAGCUCGGAAGGAGUUGCCGCGUUUCUUCGAGGGAUGUCCGAAAAAGGAAUACAAAGAUAUUCUCAUGAUUAUCGACAAUCUUCAGUACUAUGAUGUGCCGCCUUAUCAGAAAAUCUACGACAUUCUCCGCAAAUGUAUUAUCGAUCACAAGCUUCCCGAGUUCCCAUACGAUUGGGAGACCAGCGUGAUACCGCCGAAGAGUCAGGAAAAGGGAUCGAUCGUGAAGGGAUGGGAAAGGCCUCGUCCAUCGUUUAUGGAUCCAUCCGUGCCCGAAAAC